AUGCCGGCGAGUCCCGUUUGCGUGAGGUUGAGCAAUCACAGCCCACGGACCAGCGCCAAAAUCGAAGAUGUCUGGAAGGGUUGUUUGGGUGAGGUAGUGCCGGUCCUUUGGCUCGUGCUUGGGCUGCACAUCAAGGGCACCAAGCCACUACGAGAGAGCAGAGCCAUACGGGGCAGCGGCGCGGCACACCCCGGAGCCGGAGCCCUGCGUUCCCCGAGGGGGGCCGUGGCCGCCGAGCAGCGCCGGGCGCUGCCCCGGACGAGAGGAGCGGGGCUGGGGGCAGGGAGUCCACCCGAUCCCUCGGGACCCCCGCUCUUCUACCAUGGAAGUGUCCUAACUACUAGGCAACUGAAUUCUCUAGUAGUUGAAUCUGUCUUGCCUUUUCUGCUUCCCCUUCUAUCUCUGAGAACAUCCAGUACCAGGAAAGUCAGAAAUGCAGGUAAUGCAUUUGUGGUGAGCCUAGCUUUGGCUGAUCUGGUGGUGGCCUUGUAUCCAUAUCCACUGGUGCUCUUAGCUAUUUUCCACAAUGGAUGGACGCUGGGUGAAAUGCACUGUAAAGCCAGUGGCUUUGUGAUGGGACUGAGUGUAAUAGGCUCUAUUUUCAACAUCACUGCAAUUGCAAUAAACCGAUAUUGCUAUAUAUGUCAUAGUUUUGCCUAUGACAAAGUGUACAGCUGUUGGAACACGAUGCUGUAUGUGUCCUUAGUCUGGAUAUUAACAGUAAUUGCAACUGUGCCAAAUUUUUUUGUUGGCUCUUUAAAGUAUGAUCCACGCAUCUAUUCAUGCACGUUUGUCCAGACUGCAAGCUCCUACUAUACCAUAGCUGUUGUGGUAAUUCACUUCAUUGUCCCUAUCACCAUUGUGAGCUUCUGCUACCUUCGAAUUUGGGUUUUAGUGCUUCAAGUCAGAAGACGAGUCAAGUCAGAAACAAAGCCAAGAUUGAAGCCAAGUGAUUUCAGAAACUUUCUUACCAUGUUUGUGGUUUUUGUGAUUUUUGCCUUUUGCUGGGCACCACUUAACUUCAUUGGACUGGCUGUAGCCAUUGAUCCUACAGAAAUGGCACCAAAAGUUCCUGAAUGGUUAUUCAUUAUAAGCUACUUAAUGGCCUAUUUCAACAGCUGCCUUAAUGCAAUUAUAUACGGACUUCUUAACCAGAAUUUUCGGAAUGAAUACAAACGAAUUUUAAUGUCACUGUGGAUGCCAAGGCUUUUCUUCCAGGACACAUCCAAAGGAGGGACAGAUGGCCAGAAGAGCAAGCCUUCUCCUGCUCUAAACAACAAUAACCAAAUGAAAACUGAUACCUUGUAACUAUGUCAU